AUGCAUUUACGUGUUUGGAGUGGCUUUACGCAUGGAUAUCGUCACUGCCGAGACCAAGAGCGACGAAGAAGUAACUGUGCUCGCGCUGCUUCAGAAGAUAAGCGCAAGGCUGGACGGUCUGGAGCAACAGAUCUCAGCCAGUCCAAUCUCGAGCUCGAGCAAUACUCAGCACUGGCCCCAUUGAUUUUAAAUCUGCAAGAUCGUCAGCCUAAUGCAAGCGGUCUCCGUGAGGUAGCUCAGCAAGGUAAAUUGCUUGAAGCUUCCCGUUUGGCGCUUCAAGAUCUUCACCAAAGCCUGCUCAUACAGGCUGAGGAAAACCAGUUUGCUCGACGCAGUUUAUAUGCGCAUGCAGCUAGACACCAAGGUCACCACCAGCCGGCAGCCGCAGCAUGGAAUAGCUGA